ACUUUAAGUAGAUUUCAGAACUUUAAGUAGAUUUCGGAACUUUAAGUUGAUUUUGGAACUUUAUGGAACAGUCAUGUGACCGAGAAAAGGUUUUAAAAAACGUUUUCUUUGAAAGCAUGUGCAGGAAAGCUUUGAGGGAUGUGAGUGAGAGGAGGGGCCGGUGGAUGAAGAGGAAGAGAAAAGAGGAAGGAACAAGACUCACCUCUCGAGUCCGGACUUGUCGUUGGCUGAAUCGUGUCAGAGCGAGCAUCAUGGGUAACACAGAGAGUGUGGUGGUGCAGAAGCGACUGGCCCGCUUCCGCCCCGAUGAACGCCCUGUGAUCGAGGGCGCCUUCAACAGGCUCCAGGGUGGAACUGCAGGGAAGACUCUGACGUUGGAUGCGCUGAAGACCUCUAUGAGUGGUCUGGCUCCAGACUCCAUGAUCCAGCGUCUCUACAGGUGCAUGUGCAGCAUUGACCCUGGUCUGGCGGCGGCAGCAGCCUCUGGGGACACGAGCAGCUCUGCAGCCCCUGGUGUCAGUCGGGAGCAGUUGGUGGUUUUCCUGGCAGACGCACUGCGGGGCACGGCAGAGGAACGGGCGCCACUCGUCAUGGUCAUGACGCAGCGCGGAGCCGAGGCUGCAGCCGCCGUCACAUGUGAGGAGGUCGCAGAGUUCCUGCAGGACCUGAUCUCUGCUGUAGUUCAGAUUCUGGUCCACAGGGGGCGCUUGCAGGGCUGGAAGUCUGGCAGAAUGGGCGAUGGCUCCGUCGGAGUCAAACUCCUGUCAGAGCAGAUGUGUUCUGAGCUAAAACCCACAGAUCAGGGGCGUUGUGAUGUUUCCUGUCUAGAGGACUGGAUCUUCAGGGUUUCUCAGGUGUCCUUGUACCUGGAGUUGUUGGUCGCUGAAGGCCUGAGUGUCUCCCUGAGUGGGCGUCCGGCUCCCACUCUGCUGCCGCCCUGCAGGGAGACGCCCUGGGACAAGCUGCACUGUCUGCUGGACGUCCCCACCCUCAUGUUUCUGGCACUGCAGUUGCCGGACAGGUACAGCGCCCCCUGGAGACUUGUGUUCUCCACACAGCUGCAUGGCGAGAGCUUCACCAGAAUGGUGAGCGGUCUGACCCGUCACGGCCCGACGCUGCUGCUCAUCAAAGACUCGGUGGGACACGUGUUCGGGGGCUUCGCCUCACAUGGCUGGGAGGUCAAACCUCAGUUCCAGGGUGACUCCAGAUGCUUCCUGUUCACUGUGUUUCCCAAACUGAGAGUUUUCACAGCGACAGGGUACAACGAACACUUCAUGUAUCUCAACCAGCACCAGCAGACAAUGCCCAACGGACUGGGUAUGGGUGGUCAGCACGACUACUUCGGCCUGUGGCUGGACAGUGAUUUCGGCCGCGGUCACAGUCGCGCUCGGCCCAAGUGCACCACAUAUGGCAGCCCUCAGCUCUCCGGGGAGGAAGACUUCAGCGUGGACUCCGUGGAGGUGUGGGCAGUCGGAAAACCCCCAGAACCUGAGGAGGGUGAGGAGGGUAAGAGGAGCGUCCUGGACACAGACCUGGAGGUCCAGGCCAUCAUGGAGAUGACGGGGAAGACUCUGCACAGUCAGGGCCUCAGGGAGCCAGAGGAGGAGGAGCAGUGAGAGGCGGAGUCACUGUCUGCUGAGUCAUGGUGGGAUUGUAUCAUCCGACUCAGCGGGUUCAUGUUUUCACCUGAGCUCGUGACGUCUUGGCGUCAGAAUCUAUUUGGAUCCUUUUAAUGACAAAGUGUUUGAGUCCGUCUUACAAUCAGCUGAGAGGACGAGACGCUCAGAGACAAUAAUAGCAUCUACAAUAUUACUUACUCCUCUUCUUUCUCCUCAUUCUCCUCCCCCUUUUCAUCUCCUCUCUUCUUCCUCACUGUCUUCUUCUUCCUCU